AUGUCAUUUGUAGCAGAAGCUGUACUAUUUGGUUGUGAACUGGAUGUAUCAUCAAAAAAGUUCCAGAUCUUCAAAGAAAUUGCUGAUUCAGGCAUCAGAGUCAUCAUCAUAGGCUUAUCCAUUGGUGACCUUGUCCUACACUACCUUAAUCACUUCAACAUCACCAUUCUCAAAAUCCUUUCCAAAUUUGACCCCCACCAUGUAGCUCAUGUCAUCAAUGUCACACCUUUCACCUGCAUUGGCACACUCACCCAAGCCAGCUAUGUUGACAUCUUCAAGAUGACAGAGAUCAGUGGAGACUGUGUCACUGUCCUCUGGCAGCUCACUCCCAAUGAGGAUGGGCAUCAGAGCCAUGUAGUGGGAGUGGGCAACACCUAG